GACCGAAAGGAAUACAAACAAGUCAAACUUCAUUAAAAAUGUCACCUGAAAUCUAAACAGUCAAUCCGAAAAUGCAUUCGCGAUUGUUGAUCUGCGCCUUGGUCGCAUUCAGUUUUCUCUGCACUGUCUUCGCCGAUGACGAAACUGCCGAAGAAGUAAAUCCUGAACAGAAAGCCAAAGACGGCAACACCAAAUCAAGCCCAAGCAAUGAUCCGCACUAUGAAGCUAAACGCUACCUGUACAACAAUCCCUACUACGCCUCCAUACGCUACCCCAUAAACUACCAAUACUGCGCCGGCACGAUGAUCUCCUACUAUUACGCCAUGACAGCCUCCCAAUGCGUCAACAACCAAGCCAGACCGAACAUGUACGCUGUCAUGGACCUGGCAAACUUCGUCCAGGGAGCCUACGCUCCUGGCGCCUAUCCAACAGGAAGAUGGCCUCCAUCCUACGGCCCUGGCUUCGGACCGACCUACCCGGCCAUGUACCCGCCUAAUUACGUACCUGGACCGUUCGCCCCGUAUUACCAAGGAUCGCUCUCGGAUUACAAUCCCAAUGUAUACUCUAACGACCUGUGGUGCCACUGGUCUCAGAUAUCAGGUAUGUACCCUCAUCCGGACUACGUUAGGUCCACCGGAGAGAACGACAUAGCGCUGCUGAAGCUCCAAGCUCCGGUGCCCAGAGGCGUUUUCCCGCAGCUACCGAAAAGACCUUACCAAGGCGACUUGAUGCGAUCAUCAGGAGCUUGCGGAAAAGAACGCUCCGUGAUCUCUUGGUUCCGUAAAGGCGACACCAAACCGGUGGGAUACGCUACCCAGUUCGAUUGCAGUCAUGCCUACAGCAAGAGGAAGUUCGGGGAGUCUGUGAUGUGUACCACUUCUCUGGGAGCGGAUACUUGCCAUUUCGAGAGCGGGGCGCCCAUGAUGUGCGGGAAAAUCGUGUACGGCAUACUGAGUAUGGGCAGCGGUUGCAACGAGAGUUCUCCAGGCGUGUUUACCAGGGUGGAUCGGCACUUGAAGUUUAUACGUGGGGUCAUCAAGCCACGUAGCGGCGCAAUGGGCAUUCGAAUGAGCGGAGCCGUUUUUUUCAUCUAUUUUUUGGCUUGGUGUUCAUCAAUGUGAUUGGUCUUGAAUGAUUUUGUCAUAU